GCAUUCAAAAUUCGUCUAAAUUGUUCGUGAAACUUAAAAAGGAAAGAUUGUAGACCAAAGGCUUUUCAUCAUGACCCAACGAUUGGCCUUGCACCAAAUCCUCAAUAAUCAGCUAAAUGACUUUGAGAGAGCCAAACAUGAGGACCGAGUGCUGGCCAAGGCAACACAAAAGGAAAAGGCUGCCUUGAGAGUUAAUGCAAAGGCUGCAACUAUGUACUCGAGAUAUUUCAACGAGCAUCGUGACGUCAAGUCCACUUUCGAUAAAAUUGUUGCGAAUAUUCACUCCAAUAUGAAGGCGACGCAUCCACCACGAAAAUCUGUACCUGCCAUACCUGAGCCAAUUGCACAGAUUCCUGCCCCGCUACUUCCACAGCCAGACAAAUCGAAAAAUGGUCGCCGAAUAAAGGGAGGAGCGAAUUCCCGAGGCGUUAUAACGGCCAGCAACAACGCGUUUCUGUCUAUACCGGCCAUAAAGGCUACCAUUGAGCAUAAAACCCAGAAGAUGAUGCGACGCGGCUUAACUGAGAUCAAUCCGAAAAACUUUACCAACCAGAAACGCAUACGAGAGGUUCUGCAGCAGAAAUCGGUGCUAGAGACAAUGUUGAUGCAGCACAAGAGAUUGCAGCGCGAUAGACAGAUCAUAGCACUGGACAUUAAGAGAAUGCGCCAGGAUCUGGAUAGAAUCAGAAACAAGUUGGACACGUCUCUGCAAAGUUUGAACUCUACUCGUACCAUGUUCACCGGUGCCACUACCCCUAAGGGAAAAAAGGCACCGACACGCUCCUCCAACAGUUUAAACAAUUCUCCACAUAGACGUAUAGUUUCGCAUUCCAAACAAAAGACAGCUGCACGGUCUCGGAGUGAUUCACCCACACGACCCGUUCAUGUUACGCUGAAACGACAACUUGCCGCGCCAAAGACCUCUAUGAAGCGGCGUAGUCGUACCUAAGUAAAUGAUUCUUAAAUCAAGGAAAUAAGCCAGUAGAAAAACAACAAUGUUGAAUAAUAAUUGGAACAGCAACCGUUUACAGCCACCAAAAAAGUAGUCUUUUCAGACAUAAAAACUAAAAUAAAUACAAAUAAAAACAACCAUCUUCCCAGUA